AUGUGGUCACAGGUGAUGGAAAAGGAAAAUAUAAGUUCUUUUGAAGGCUUCAUCCUGGUGGGCUUCUCUGACCGUCCCCACCUGGAGUUGAUCCUCUUUGUAGUUGUCUUCAUCUUUUAUCUGUUGACUCUUCUCGGCAACAUGACCAUCAUGUUGCUUUCGGCUCUGGAUUCCCGGCUACACACACCAAUGUAUUUCUUUUUGGCCAAUCUCUCAUUCCUGGACAUGUGUUUCACCACAGGCUCCAUCCCUCAGAUGCUCUACAACCUUUGGGGCCCAGAUAAGACCAUCAGCUAUGUGGGUUGUGCCAUUCAGCUAUACUUUGUCUUAGCCCUGGGAGGGGUAGAGUGUGUCCUCCUAGCUGUCAUGGCAUAUGACCGCUAUGCUGCCAUCUGCAAACCCCUGCACUACACCAUCAUCAUGCACCCACACCUCUGUAGGCAGCUGGCUUUGGUGGCAUGGUUGAGUGGCUUCGGCAAUUCUCUUAUAAUGGCACCCCAGACAUUGAUGCUACCUCGCUGUGGGCACAGGAGGGUAGAUCAUUUUCUAUGUGAGAUGCCAGCACUAAUAAGCAUGGCCUGUGUAGACACUAUGACUCUUGAGGCACUGGCCUUUGCCUUGGCAAUCUUUAUCAUCCUGGCACCACUCAUCUUCAUCCUCAUCUCUUAUGGAUACAUUGCACAAGCAGUGUUUCAGAUCAAGUCAGCUACUGGGCGAAAGAAAGCCUUCAGCACCUGUAGCUCCCACCUAAUGGUUGUCUCUCUCUUCUAUGGUACAAUCAUAUACAUGUACCUACAACCAGCAAACACAUAUUCCCAAGACCAGGGAAAAUUUCUUACUCUUUUCUAUACAAUUGUCACUCCCAGUGUUAAUCCUUUGAUCUAUACUCUAAGAAACAAAGAUGUUAAAGAGGCCAUAAAGAAGGUGCUGGGGAAGGGGAGUGCAGGACAGUAA